GCAUUCUUUUGGUUUGCACUUUGCAGGUGUUUUGUUUUUUCUCAAACGUCAAAGUUAUGUUUGUAGGUCUAAUUUGAGGGAUUGAAGUGUGAUGUGGGCGGUGCUUGUUGCAGCCCAUAGUAUUGUAAUGUUGUGUUUAUGAAUUUUGGUGUGUUUAACCGAGUUAACCAUUCCCAGCAGAGCACCAGCUGUGGAGGCAUGUACUCGGAGUGGGCCUCCCUGUCGGCGCUGAUCCAGAACGGGUCGGAGGACAGCCAGAGCGUCCUCUGCAAGUUCCCGUCGCCGGCGGGCAAGGAGGUGGCGCUGGCCGUGGUGAGGCAGCUGGCGGCCAGCCUCGGCAUCUCGCAGCCCCCGGAGCCCAGCCCCCUGCAGACCGACCGCGACGUGCAGUGGUGCAUGGAGGUGAUAUGCUACGGCAUGUCGCUCCCGCUGAGUGAGCACGACACGAUCCGCGACUGCGUGCACGUGUACUGCGAGUGGCUGUCGGCGCUGCUGCCCGCGCCCAAGCUAUGCGUGCCCCAGCCCGUGCGCGAGGACCCCAACUGCUACGCCAGGAGGAUCAUCUGCCACUUCCACAACCUGUUCAUGCCGCGCAAGGGGGAAGUGUGGCCAUUCCUGUACUCGGACUUAGGAGUGGACACGGUGAACCGCCAAGCGGUGCUGUGUCACCGCGUCCUGCGCACCCUGCAGAACGUGGCGCAGGCCUCCGCCGUGCUGACCAGGGACACCUGGGAGGCCCUUCUGCUGUUCCUGCUGGCCAUCAACGACACCUUGCUCGCCCCGCCCACCAUCAGAGACGACAUCGGCGACCAGCUGUGCGAGCGAGUGCUGAGCGUGCUGUUCGAGGUGUGGCUGCUGGGCUGCGCGCGCUGCUUCCCCUCCCCGCCGCUCUGGAAGACCCUGCGCGAGACCUGCAUGAACUGGAGGCACCGCGUCGCCCUGGUGGACCAGUGGAACCGCGUCAACCUCGCCCUCACCGCCAAGCUGCUGGAGUUCACCUACGGACCAGACUUCCCCGAGCUCAAGAUAUCGGAGGACGACGCCCAGCUGAUCCCGGCGGGGAUGACCCGGGACUGCAUCGCGCAGAGCUGGUUCAGGUUCCUGCACUGCCUGGGGAGCCCCGUGGUGCUGUCGCGCCCCGCCGCCGUCAGCCAGACGCAGAAGUUCCUGCAGUUCGCCAUCACCAGCGAGAGCGUGGUGGACCCGUGCCAGCACCCCUGCCUGGCCGGCCUCCCGGACAUCUUCCUGAAGGCCGUCCGCGGCGUGGCGGGCCUGGUGGACGCCUUCCUCGGCGUGCCUCAGCCCCCCCUGUGGGACGAGGCGCCCACGCCGGCCGCCGAGCGGGACAGGAAGGAAGGGGUGUCCUCCCACCCCCCGUCCACCACCCACUCCCCCACACCCCCACCCCAGCGCAGGCUUGCCAAGAGCUUUAGCGUAGCCCCCUCCACCGCCACCAAGGGGGUACCAAAGUCAUCUCUGAUCGGCUUGACUAGCGGACGAAUGAGUGGCUCUGUUCAUCUGCCAUCAACUCCGAACUCAGGCCCGUCGUCUGCAUCUAGUAUCACGUCAAUGGCAUCUCUUGGUCCUGACGGCCGCAACCACCUUGCUCCUUCGCGGCCCAAGUGCAACAGCAUUCUGCACCUGUUCGGGGAGUGGCUGUUCGAGGCCGCCCACGUCGGCUGUGAGGACGUCUAUCAGGGAAAGCUGAGCCGGUCGGAGGCGGGCCCGAGCAAGAGGCCCGGCUCGGUGCUGAUGGACGGCCGGAAGGGGAGCCUGUCGGCGUCGCAGCCCAGCUCCCUGGCGGACGAGGCGGACAUCCCGCCCUCGCUGGCGGGCGACAAGUACGGCUCGGGCCGGGCGGAGGCCCUGGGAGCACUCUGCCGCGUCUUCUGCGCCAAGAAGACCGGGGAGGAGAUCCUGCCCGUGUACCUGGCCCGCUUCUACCUGGCCCUCGUGCAGGGCCUCAAGGUGCCGGAGAGCACAAGUUCGUCACCCUCGCAGCGAUCUGCUAAGACUUUCACGUAUUUUCACGAGAGCCGGGAGUGCGGGGAGGCCCUGGCCAGCGUGCUGCUCAACUCGUCGGACCUGUUCCGCUUGGACCUGGACGGCGCGCUGGUGCUGGUGCCGUACGUCAUCGACGCCCUCGAGGUCGUGCUGCCCGACAAGGAGCUGAGGCUCAAGUCGCCUGGUGUGUCAAAAACAGAACUGCGACAGGCCUCUAUUCACCUUCUGUUGUCCAUGUUGGCUCUGCCUCUGCAUUUUCAGAAUCUGCCAAUAAAAGAGCUCUGUGUUGGAGGCUUGCCUGACCGCAACAACCCACUGACAUUCACUCAGCUGAAACCUCGCCUCAUGAAUCUCCUGAUCAACGCUCUUCAAAUAGAAACCAACGCACAGAACUCUCAGAUGCUUCUUGGUGGCUUGCUUCUGAGCGUGCAGGAUUCCGCAGCAGCGGAAGAGGUGGACCAAGUUACCCAGCCUGACAACGUCGGUCCGGGUAGCGAUACGACGUCCAACCUGUUGUCUUCGGUCGACACUGUAAGUUCCCUCAGUCUGCCGAGUGACUCGAGGUCACUAGAAGACACACCGGACAUGAUCGAGUCGGCCGAACCGUGCUACAUUGAUUAUCCUAUGGCUGUCGGAAAAAAUUCAGCUCAUGCACUGUUUGUGCGAGCCACGUACCUCGUGUGCCAUCGCCUCAUCUCCUCGUGGAAGACUGACCUGAAUGUGUCGUUGGCCGCUCUGGAGCUGCUGGCUGGGCUCGCCCGCACGCACAUCAAGGAAACAGAUGCUUUGGAGUGCAAGCGUGCGGUGAAGUGGCUGUGCGACUACAUCGUGUACCAGUGCUGGCGCCCGCCGCCCGCCCACUCCAAGGACCUGCACUCAACCAUCGUGGCGGCGUUCCAGUGCGCGGGCGUGUGGCUCGUGGCGCACCCCUACCUGCUGCAGGACAAGGACAGCCUGGCCACCGUGCUGGAGGUGGUGGAGGUGGGCGUGUCGGGCUCCAAGUCUCAGGGCAAGCCAGGUGAGCCUGUCCGAAUGAAGGACGAGAAGGAACUGAAGCCAGCCUCCAUGAGGGUGAGAGACGCAGCUGAAGCUCUGUUGACGCUGAUUCUGGAGCAGGUGGGCUACUUCCCCUCGCCGUGCGGGGCGCAGUCCCUGUCGUCGCUGCUGGACGAGGCGAGCCUGCUGCGGCACUGCAGCUCCUGGCCCGGGGGGAGCGCGGCGCGGGCCGUCGAGCGCUUCCGCUACUUCGUGGUGGAGAACUGCACCGUGCUGGCCCUGCUGGAGGAGCCCCUGGGCAACGACGAAGACCCCCAGCCGACGGUGACGGUGCUGAUCAGGGGCCCGUCGGGCUGCCACGUGUGGACCAUGCAGCUGCGACACCUCCCGCGCCACAAGUCGGGCACCAAGUACCACGCGCCCAACCCGGGCCGUCCGGUGCCCAUGGACGACGUGGGCGCCAGGCACGACGCCAGGCCCCGCUACUUCCCCGACGGCAUCGACCGCAUCCCUCAGUGCAAGGUGGACCGCUCCAUCCCCAGCCUGGAGUCGCUGCUGGCGGAGGAGGGGCGGGGGGCAGAGCACCAGCGCCUCUCCCAGCUGGUGGAGCGCCAGGCGCGCCUGGAGGAGCGUGCCGACUGCGAGCGCGACGAGGAGGGUCCCGUGCGGGAGUGCUCGCCCCCGCCCGCCUGCCACGAGUUCCAGACCGCCCGCCUCUUCCUGUCCCACUUCGGCUUCCUGUCGCCCGACGCCGCCGCCGGUAACGUCUCAUCUCCUCUGAUUGCGUUGGAUUCCAGUAUGCCGGGAUUUUCUCAGGAUUUAGAAGCACUAGACAGCAUCAGUCCCAGAACCUGUGACACCGUGCACUUAUUUUAUGUGCGUGCUGGUCAAAGGACGCCUGAGGAAAUUCUUGCUAAUGUGCUGAGCGACCAGACGGUCCACCCGCACUUCCUGGAGUUCCUGCUGUCCCUGGGCUGGCCGGUCAGCGUGUUCCAGCACCCGGGCUGGACGGGCCAGAUCGCGACCAGCUGGAAGGUCAUUCCCCGUCCUCCUGGCGUUGAAGACGCACCCAGCAACCAUGGUGGUUGCUUGUACAAUGGUGAAACCAAAGUGCUCUACUGGGCUGACGCCACUUCUGAAGUGGCAUUUGUCGUCCCGUCCCAUCGUUUGGAUGUGGAUGGCCCUUCGUCAAUGACUGAAUCUUCCGGAAAUUUCUCAAGUGAUGCGGUGUGGUUCGACCGCAGCAUCUCGGAGUCGGGCAGCGGGCGAGGCAGCCGGGGCCAGCAGGACAAGCCCCGGACCCUGUCCCUGGACAUGGACAAGCAGGCGGGAGGGGGCGGGGCCCAGCGGCGGCCGGGAGCCAACCGGCUCCAGCUGGCCGGCCACUCCAACACCAAGGUCCUGGUCGUGUGGGUCGAGAGCUACGAGGACCACCUGCACUUCCCCUUCAACGAGCUGCUGUCGGCAGCGCACACGGGGCUGGAGGGCCACCGGCCGCCCAGCGACCGCGAGUGCUCCGUCGUCUUCCUGCACCGCCUGCACAGCGGCCUGCUGCGCGUGAGGCUCCAGCAGAGCCCAGCCGGCCGCACCGGCCUGGCCACCCCGCUGGUGGACGGCAUGGUGGUGAGCCGGCGCGUGCUGGGCUCCCUGGUGCGCCAGACCGCCCUCAACAUCUGCCGCCGCCGCCGCCUCCACAACGACAGUUACCAACCACCGCACGUGCGUCGCAGGUUGAAAGUCCAGGAUCUGGUGCAGAAGUAUCGCUGCGAGCUGUCCGAACCUGAACUGCUCCGGCAUCUCUUCAGCUCCACGCCAGGCUAGUCCCUGUGCGUGAGGCUCAACAGUAUCCACGCAGCAAGCAGAGGUUUACUGGCAUCCCAUGAUUAUUUUGAUUUUUGUAAUCAGUACAACCUUUAACGCUUGUAUUCAAACAUUCAAAAAGCCCUUAGCAUCAACUUUUUCCCUGUAAAUUAAUUAUAUUUGAAACUAAUUGAUCUGCAUUUAAAGCAUUUAUCAUAGGCUGUAAUGAAGAAGCAUUACUUAACUCAAUCAAUAUAUCUUGUGUUGUCUAUAGUAAUUAAGUUAUUUUUGGUACCAUUGUGCUACCAUGUAAUGAUUUAUUGGAGUCUGCAACAUGCAAUAUUGGUGUUCAGCACUCUUUGGUUUUUAGUGCAGAAAUGGAUAUUUAUAUAAAAUAUUUAAUUUUUAUGUUAUUUAUCUCCAGAAUUAAAUAAAAUUGGUGGAAAUCA